AUGGAGGUUUACAAGGUUCUCGUCGUUAUUCUCGCAAUUUAUCUUCACCGUGGAAAUUGCCGGGCAUCUGCAUUAAACAAAAUCGUCCCCAGAAUUGAAGAUGGCGGAGUCCACUCCAAGCUGGGUGCUGCUGCAUGGAGACAGAAGAGGUCCCCUGGUGACGAGCCCAGUUGUUACACUGGUACACAUGCGUCACUCUCUUUGCCAAGCAACAAAACAGUAACCGUUCCCAUUUGUAAGACAGUAACAUCCUACAAAACUGCAUGUUUCAGUUCGAUGGCAAACAACAACAACCAGAGGAAAUGUGUUCCGUCCCAUAUGCUCACAAUGGAAGGAGUCGCGUAUAACACAGCCUGUUCAUGUGCACCAUAGAACUCUUAAAAAUCCAGCUGUUUGGACUCCUUUAUGUACCAGAGUCUGUCAGGAACACAAUGACUAUAAUUGUAUCGAGCAGCAACUGCUGUUGAGAACUGCUGCAGUAUUUAUCAUUAU